AUGGCAGCGGAAGCAAUUCUCUCUGCUUUUGUUAAAACAGUGUUGGGGAACGUGAAUUCUCUACUUCUGCAAGAGUUUGGAUCAGCGUGGGGUGCCAAGGAAGAGUUGGGGAAGCUCGAGAGCACGUUGUCAACGAUCCAUGCAGUGCUUCAAGAUGCGGAGGAGCAGCAAGUGAAGAACGAGGCAGUAAAGAAUUGGCUAAAGAAGCUUAAGGACGCGACCUAUGUUGCAGAUGACUUGAUAGAUGAGUUUGCAAUAGAAGCUUUACGGCGGAAAGUGAGGACUCGGUCUGCUAAGGUGAAUCGGGUACGCAACUUCAUUUCUUUUCCAAACUCACUUGUAUUUUGCCUGAGGAUGGGGAGUAGGAUAAAGGAAAUUGGGGAGAGAUUAGAUGGGAUUGCAGCGGAGAGGUUGAAGUUCCAUUUGAGAGAGGGAAUUCUAGAUCGGCCAGGCAAUACUGAAGAGAGACUAACAACCGCCUCUUUUGUGAUUGAGUCAGAAGUUUAUGGUAGAAAGAAAGAUAAGGAGAAAAUCGUAGAGUUGUUGAUUCAAGUCAGUACUCAAGAAGAUGUCUCAAUCAUCCCCAUAGUUGGUAUGGGGGGCCUUGGGAAGACCACGCUGGCUCAAUUCGCCUACAAUAACGAGAGGGUAGCGAAGCAUUUCGAGCUGAGAAUGUGGGUUUGUGUGUCGGAUGACUUUGAUGUGAGGAGGCUAACAAAAACAAUUUUAGAGUCUGCUACCGAUGGGAAACAUGAUCUCCUAGAAUUGGAUUUACUGCAGCGUCGCCUCCAAGAAAAGCUACAUGGGAAGAAGUUUUUACUUGUGUUGGAUGACGUGUGGGAUGAAAAUCCUGAGAACUGGGAUCAGUUGAAACAAUUUCUCAGAGGAGGUGCAAGGGGUAGUAAAAUCAUAGUGACUACCCGUAGUGAAAAAGUUGCUUCGAUCAUGGGCACUCUCCCUCCACACCAUUUGCCAAGACUAUCAGAGGAUGAUUGUUUGUCUCUGUUCAUGCAGCGAGCGUUUGGGCAUGGAAGACAAGAACCUCCAAACCUUGUAAUGCAUGCAAAGGAAAUUGUAAAGAAGUGUGGGGGCGUCCCUUUGGCAGCGAAGGCAUUGGGUGGCUUGAUGCGCUUUAAAACAGAUGAAAGAGAGUGGCUGUUUGUAAAAGAAAGUGAAAUUUGGAAUUUAUCUGAAGAAGAGAAUGGCAUUUUACCUGCUCUGAAGUUUAGUUAUUAUCAUCUUCCAUCACAUUUGAAGCAAUGCUUUGCAUACUGCUCAAUAUUUCCAAAAGAUCAUAUAAUCGUUAAGAAGAAACUAAUCCUAUUAUGGAUGGCGGAAGGUUUCAUUCAAGCAUCUGAUGGAAGUAAACAAAUGGAAGAUAUCGGUGGAGAGUAUUUCAAUAAUCUACUGUGGCGGUCCUUCUUUCAGGAUGUUGAGAAAGAUGAAGAUGGGAAUAUAUUAUGGUGCAAGAUGCAUGACCUUGUGCAUGAUCUUGCAUGCUCUGUUGCAGGGAACGAAUGUUCAGUUGUGCAGGUGAAGAAUGCAGUGAGUAUCCCCGACAUAUAUCCCUGUUUGUUCAUGUUGGGUGAGUAUUAUGAAUGGGUCCUAACAGUCCCAAAGGCCUCAAGGAAAGCAAACCAUUUGCGAACACUGCUUCUGGAUGGAAGACAGACUUUCCGCGUCCCUCGUAAUCUUUUAACAAAUUUCAUGUGCUUAAGGGUGUUAGAUUUAAGUUUUGCGUGUGUCACUACGGAGAUGUUGGUUUCAAUUGGCAGGUUGAAACACUUAAGAUACCUCGACCUGUCUUAUACUAAAAUACGAGCCCUCCCUGAAUCCAUUAGUACCCUUCACCAUUUGCAAACUUUAAGACUCUUGGGGUCUAAUGAUCUUGCAGAAUUACCCAGGGACAUGAGCAAAAUGACUAGCCUAAGACAUCUUGAAAUAGAUGCGUAUAAUAAUAAAUUGACCCAUAUGCCAGCUAAUAUGGGAGAAUUAAAGUUCCUUCAGAGCUUGUCAAUAUUCGUUGUUGGUAAGGAUAGUGGAUGCGGUAUAAGAGAGCUACAAGGUCUAAACCUUGGAGGAAAAUUGACUAUUCGAAACCUCGAGAAUGUGAUGUGUGCAGCAGAUGCCCGGGAAGCAAACUUGAAGGAUAAGCUGAACCUUUGUGAGUUACGCCUUUCAUGGGGUCAGGAUACUGAUCUUCAGUUGGAAGGAAAUGUCGAGCAAACCCUUGAAGGUCUCCGACCACAUCGAAAUCUCAAAAGGUUGACUGUGGAAGAGUACAUGGGUGUCAGAUUUCCGCAUUGGAUGAGCUCUUCAUUGCUUCCGAAUCUGAUUGAAGUUUCACUGAUUAAUUGCAGAAGAUGCGAACAGCUCCCCCCGCUCAGCCACUUACCAUUCCUGCAGGUUCUUGUGAUACGUGGAAUGGAUGCUGUGAAGUCUAUUGGAAAGCAUUUCUAUGGCGACGAUGUCACAGAGGCAUUCCCAUCAUUGAAACGACUCACCAUCCAAGAUAUGCCUAAUUUAGAGGCGUGGUCAGGAUCUAAUGGAAGAGUACUCCCCUGCCUUAACCGAUUAAAUGUCUGGGGAUGUCCAAAGUUAACAACACUUCCAUGCCUUCCAUCUCUAAAAGAAUUGGAAUUGAAGGAUGGUAAUGAGAUGUUGUUAGGUUCAGUGGCAAACCUUGCUGCUCUAGAGUAUCUGUGUAUUUCGAGCUGCAGUAUGUUGGUAUCUUUGCCAGAGGAGUUACAAAACCUCACCUCUCUCCGUCAGCUGUGGAUUAACUGGUGCAAUGGUCUAACGUCAUUGAGACUACAAGGCUUGAGCUCUCUUCGAAAACUAGUCAUCCAGGGGUGUCACAGCUUAACGAGUUUGAUAGGGGGACUGCGACACCUCACUGCCUUACAUUCCUUGGCCAUUAAUUAUUGUCUGGAGCUGGAAUAUUUACCAGAGGGUAUGCAACACCUUACUUCCCUUCAACGACUCACCAUAUGGAACUGUCAGAAGUUGACAUGUUUGCCGGAAGGGCUACGACAUGUCACAACACUGGAAGCUCUAUCAAUCGAUGGAACGACUCCGCCGGAGUGGAUAGGAAACCUGUCCUCGCUUCGACGUUUGCAGAUUAACGGUUGUGAUAAAUUGACGUGUUUACCAUCAGGGUUGCAACUCCUAACAAACCUCCAACAGCUACAAAUCUGGGGUUGGCCAUGUCUAACAGCUCUGCCGGAGUGGAUAGCAAACCUCUCCUCGCUUCGAUAUUUGGAAAUUGAAUAUUGUCGUAAAUUGGAGUGUUUGCCAUCGGGGUUGCAACUCCUAACAAAUCUGGAACGUCUAAAAAUCCGAGGAUGUCCCCAAUUAGAGAAGCAAUGCGAGAAGGAGAAAGGCGAGGAUUGGCACUACAUAUCACACAUCCCAUACAUUGAAAUUGAAUAUACCAAAUCUCAAUCCCGGAGAGGAGGCGAAUGCUGUGGACGUCUGCUGUAG